GUAUGUUAUUAUACUCUACCGACUUCUACAGCACCGUGCUUACCUGUCUCAUCUUUGCAGCCUCACAUUAUUAUUUUCGUUUGAUGUACACACAUACAUGCGAUCAAACUCACUCAAUAAUAUCGCGAUAUACUGUGUACAAUCGAGAAGACAUGCACAAGCCAUGAAGGAUAUCCCACUGAACACACCACUUGCAUUUGGUUCGAGGUCUUCAUCAGGCUGAAUCAUAUCACGAUGGGAAUUCGUGGCUUUGUCUCUUCAGUAUCGCGGUUUGGCGUUCUCUCACAUUUGAGCGGCCAUACCGUCGUCAUUGACGGACCCGCUCUCGCCCAUCGUAUCUCCGAAACUUGUAUGGUAAAUCGACCGGUAUCUGGUGGAUUUGCAUGUCUUCCUCCAUACGAGCUCCUCAGUCGCAUGGUUAUAGGUUGGCUUGAUGCCCUCAAGUCCCACAACGUCAACGUGAGGAGGAUCUAUUUUGACGGGUACCUGCCUCCAAGCAAAUGGCACGUGAGGAAAAAUAGACUUCUCCGGCAAUCCCAAAACAUAAGAAAAUUGGUAUCUUCUAACCCAUGUGGGUCAACUAAAACCCCAGGAAAUGCGUUCGACCACCUAGAGAUCGGUUUAGGCAUGACAAACCAAAACAACAAAUUACAUGACGACAUACCCAGACCCCCUUUCCUUGUUCCAGCAGUCCUAGAAGCUCUAAGGAAGGACGAAUAUUGGGGCCCCCUAGUCAUCGUCGUCCCCGGGGAAGCUGAUAUGUUUUGUGCUGAAGACAUUCGCAAGAAUGGUGGCACUGUACUAACGACCGAUUCUGACUUUCUCAUACAGGAUCUUGGACUUAAGGGGGAUGUAGCAUUCCUUUGGGGUAUAAGGUCGGACGACCAAAACCCUAACAGCAUACCCCUGAAGGCAUAUAAAAUGUCGCUUCAUGAUAUUAACCACCAGUUAGGUGUAGAAACCAAAGGCGGCCUUCCCCGCAUCGCCUUCGAAAAACAGAGAGGAGGGAAAAACGGGAAAGAUUUACCUUUCGACCUGGUUUUAGAUAACGUUAGGAAGAAUCGCAAAGCUGCUCUGGACUGCCCACAUUACAAAAAGUUCAUGGAUGAACUUAAGCUCAAGAAAUAUUUGCCAAGUCAUCACCCAGUGCUCAGUCUACUUCCCGACUUAGACCCCAGAAUAUCGGAGGUCAUUAUUCAGGCCCUGCUUUUAAAGAAAGCAACAGAGCCUUCAACUUCAGAAGAGAAGGAAUUGCGAGGGCCAGAAACGCUCUCUAUAUUUCUACCUAUCCUCUUUGAAAAUAACCACAUCCUGAGUGCGUGGACCCAGGGCACGAACGUUCGAGAACUUGCGUACAGUCUUCUUCAGACUGUAGUCCUUCAAAAAGUCGAGUGGAUCGUUGAAUACCGUACAUUAGGGUCGUUAUCGGCCCACGCAGGACGACGAAUCCGUAUUCCCGACCUGGAAGAAGUAGUCGCCAACUGUGCUCGACUAGUGGCGCUUUUAGAAAAAUUAACCGAGAGCUUUUCAUCUGUUGGUAUGCAAUGGUUAGCAUUUUCGGUGUAUCGAGAUAUCCAGUACUCGACAUCAGAAGGGCGGAAAAUUCUAUCCGCUGCGCUAAUCAAAGAAUCUACCAGUCUACCCAAAAGCCCCGAAAGAUACUCAUGGGAUUUAAUACAUUUCACAGCUCAAGUCCAGGCCCAAUUGUACUCGCUCAGGAUAGUGAAGCAAAUCCUAGAAGUUGUCCUUGCCCUAGGUCAAGAACUUCCAGCAUCAGUGCAACAAUUACACAGUCGUCUCGCAUCGCUUCCUCUCAUCGCAGAGUGGCCUACAGUUGAAAGCAUGUCUAGCUUGUUGUCAGAAUUUGAUAAGCUGGAUGGACUCGCAAUAACCACGGGUAUACUUGGAACCCCCGAGAAUAAAUUGAAGAUUUCGAGAGACAUCCGCGAGGAGACGAAGAAAGAGAAGUCCCGGGAGUCGAAGAGAUACAAGAAGCAAGUCGAAUUUACGAAGCCACUUCUCAACAAUCCAUACUAUAUUCUCGAGCAGCUAGGAUAAUGUUGAUCAACAUAGACAACCGUCCCAGCUUCCAAAGGAACUUUAAACAGUUCGAGGUAAUUUCAGGUGUUAGACAUCGAGUAUUUUGUGGAUAAAUUUAUCCAGUGGAUAUAAGAAAUCUCAGCAGUAGCCGGGUUCUGACAAGUCCCAAAUUUGUAUCUCUGCGUGCCUUCUCAAUAUAGCACCUAGGGUCGAGCCACGACACGCUGUGCCGCAGGCGAUGCAUCAGCACGAAUCACCUCGGACAGCCAAGAUCACCGAAGUCCUGGACAACGACCAAUGAGUCACCUGAGCACGCGACAGGCUCGUGA